AAAGCUUCUUUCUCACACUCCUUCGGCAUCACUCUCCACUCCUCCACGCUGUCUUCCCUCAUUCGUCCAUUCUCUCUUCCACGCACUCGACCCAUCAACCGAACAAACACUCUCUCCAGUCAUGUCUGCCCUUCGCAACGUCGGUCGUGUCCACCAAAAGUCCACUGCGUUCUUUCUCUGUGAUAUCCAAGAGAAGUUCCGCACCCACAUCUUCCAAUACCCCUCCGUCGUUGCCACCGCCCAGAAAAUGAUUGCCGCCCACAAGAUCCUUGACAUCCCUUUGAUCGUUACGGAGCAGAACCCCAAGGCGUUGGGCGCCACUGCGAACGAACUGGAUCUCUCUCAGGCAAAGAUCAAUAUUCCCAAGACAAAGUUCUCCAUGUUCGUGCCUGAGGUCGAGAAGGAGCUCAAGGGUAUCAAGUCUGUUGUCCUCUUUGGCAUUGAAUCGCAUGUGUGUGUGCUGCAGACAGCAUUGGACUUGCUGGAGAAUAACUACGAUGUCCAUGUGCUUGCAGACGGAGUGUCGAGCAUGAACAGCUUCGAGAUCGAGCACGCUCUGAACCGCGUCAAAUCGGCAGGCGGAUAUGUGACAACAAGCGAGUCGAUCCUCUUCCAGUUGAUGGGAGACUCGAAGCACGAAAAGUUUAGAUCGAUCUCGAGCCUCGUCAAGGAGACCAAGGAUGCAACCGCAGGCAACAAGCUCUUCAUCAAAAGCAACAUUUAAAAAGCAACCUCAAUGCACCGUGUAGAUCGCAACAAAAUAAAACCUGUUCCGCAUGUGAAGUACAUUGAGCAUGAAAGAAAAGGAAUGGACAAUGGUUAGGCCCAGAGGACAAUGAUCUACUGGCGAAUCCAUGGUCAAGAUCCAAGCCCAUCCUAGCCAGGAGAAGGCAAAUAAAAAAAUAAAAAAAUAAAAAAAAGAGAGGGGUAGCGCCAUGCUCCAAAGUGUGCGCAG